CCAAAGAGAAAGAAGAAGAGUGGAGCGGAGACUUUGAGGGUUUUGGCUCAAAUUCCGAAAAUUCCAAAAAGAAGCAGUAGCCAAAGAAAGGCAGGAAAGUGAUCGCCAUCAUCCCACCAUGUUGGCCAUUAAAUGACCUCCUCCGUUUUCCGAACUUCCAUUCUCGCCCCAGCAGAGCAGAGCCCCCUCAAACGCCCCAAGUAUUAAAUGCAGCACCCACCCCAUCCCCCUCACUCCUCUCUCACUUAACCCAAUCCCCCAAUUUUCCCCUUUCUCUUUCUUUCUUUCAAUUCAAAUGGACCAUUCCCCCACCCUUCAACCCCUUUUCUCCCAAUGUCCACCCCUCCACCACCACCCCUACGGCCAUUACCUCUGUCGCUUUCACCACCUCUAGCCCCUACCACCAAGACCUCUCUCGCCGAGAAACUCGGCAGCGUCGGCCUCGGCUACGCCAUCGCCAUCGCUUUCGGCUUCCUGGUCCUCCUCUCCACCGUCCUCCUCGCCUCUUACAUCUGCUGUCGCUCCGCCGCUGCUCGCCGUCGCCGCCGUUUUGACUCCCAAUCCGGCCCCCAUAAUCCCAGUAAUAACCCCAACGAGACCAGCAUCUACCUCCCCCGUAUAAUCUUCGUAACCGAGGAUGAAAACGACGACGAAGUUUCCUCCUCCGAAAACGCCGUCGUUGGACUGGACCAGGCCGUUAUUAAUUCCUACCCGAAAUUCCAUUUUUCCAAAAUAAACGCGAGUUUUUGUGCGGGGAAUGAUCCGGUGUGCUCGAUAUGCUUGUGUGAUUAUAAGGAAUCGGAGAUGUUAAGGUUGUUACCGGACUGUAAGCAUUAUUUUCACGUCACUUGUAUUGACGCGUGGCUUAAGCUCAACGCCUCGUGCCCCGUUUGCCGGAACUCCCCGCUCCCGACGCCGCUCUCUACGCCGUUGUCGGAGGUGGUCCCACUUUCCCAAUAUUCCGGCGGACGGAGGAGGUCGUGAUCACGCGCCAUUUUCUUGACUCUUGUGCCUUUUGCUUACCUGGGUGGUUUGUUCAACUGCUGAUGCCAGCGGUUCUUCCUUUUUUUUUUUUUUUUUUUCGCUUUUUGUAAUUUCCUUCUCGAGAGGGAAGGAGAAUUGGAUUUUUGUUUUAGGUCGAUGUAAAAUGCAGAGUUGGGAAUACAGCAGUAUUGGAUUGCAAAAAAUUCAUGUUUGCAGAGAGUUUGUAGGUGAUUCUGAUGCAAUGCAACUCUUUGGGAUAAAUCAAGCUGCUAGGGGGAAUUGAUGUGAUUCAUGCCUGAUAUUUUGUUCUCUAGCAGCAGUAGCACUACGAACUGUAAAAUUUUCGAGAAUCGCCUGCUUACAAUCUCUGCCUUCCGUUUUAAUUGUCUCAUUUUGAUUGAUUGUGCAGCAUUAUUCCAUUUUCUUCAUUCGCCCUUUCAAUGUGCACUCCAAUUCUCCAUUAUUCUUAUUCUAACAUGGUGAUGGUGCCCAUCUAUUUUCUUUGUGGCCAUCAACGUUAGAAUUCUGCUACUGUUGCUUCUAGGGGGAAGAGAAGAACAUGUUCUUGGACACUUUUGAUACGUUAGUUACAAAUUGACCAACUUUACUUGCUUUUCACUUUUCGCUUCCUAUUGGCAUCCAAUCCAAUAAUCUAAUCCCAAACCUACAGCAUCAGGAAGAUUCUAAAUCAAUCCCAAGUUGUACCUCACUGCUCUGCUGACUAAUUCGGUUUACGAGGAGCUGCUACUUUUUCUUCUUUUCUUAAUCUUUUUUCUAAGAUAGCAUUUGCAAGCAAACAGUUCAGGGGCAUUGAGCCCAACUAGAGAGAGAUUCGAUGAGGGGCCUGCGUGGUUAGUUUGUAACAGGUCAGUAGGUUCUAAGGUGUGUAGAGAUAUGCUGAGCAAAGGCUGUCAAAACAGUUCGAUCGGAUGAAUUGAAUUGUCUCCCAAUUUUCAGGAACACAUUUGGCUACAGUUGGAGGAGGUUUUUUUCUUUUUGAAGGGACAGUUGGAGGAGUUCUCCGAGCUAACUGAUAGUACGAGGUCAUAAAUAAACUGCAUAGUCGGAUCUGCUAUGUAACUUUAGCUGAAAGCAACUGGUUUUUACCAAAUAAUUUAAAGCGUUGGUUCAUCCAAGCCAAGCUUUAUUUUAUGCUAGCAUCAGCUAGCACUUGCUCAA